AUGAAAAGAGUGUUGGACACUAAGGAACUUGACAAGCCUAAGAAUAUCAAUAUUAAACCGAGUAAAAUCAUCGAGCCUCAAAAUAAUGAUUGGCCUCCACCAAAGGCGGAUGACAGGAAUAAUAAAAACCGAAAUCGAGGAAAGAGAAUCUUUAUUAAAAAAGAUGGAGUAAAAUGGCCAAAUAGGAAUACGAAUCAACCCAACUAUGUAGCAAUAAUUGGAGAUAACCAUACAUUCUGCGGGACACUGCCUGGGUUCCGUAAUGAUGGGGUUCAUCCCUUGCAUUUGUCCGAAUUUCGCUGUACUAGUAUGAAUACCGUUCUACACGAGAUGAUGCAUGUUGCCGGUGCUAUGCAUGUACAGAAUAGGGGGAAUGAUCGGCACAGAGUUUUGUCUGUUGAUUGGGCUAGAAUAUCCAAAGAAUAUGAAUUGCAAAACCUAGGUUUCGAGUUGACCAACGCCAGAGAAUAUAACCUAGGUUCUAUACUUCAAUAUGGAUUAGCUGCUGGCUUCUAUCUUCAUGACCCUGACUUGGAAUAUCUGACAUAUUUAAAACACAAAGAUCUCACGUUCUACGAUAAAGCGGAACUAAAUGCAUUCUACAAAUGCGCCGACGACUGCAUCAAUCCGCAAAUCUGUCAGAACGGAGGUUUUGUGAAGCAGGUGCGUGGUGUGUGUAGCUGUGAGUGUUUUGAUGGCCUGUCAGGACCUGACUGUACACGUGUAGACACCAGUGCUGGAUGCGGAGGGACAAUCAAUUUGUUUACCAAAGAAUCAGAGUUGAUUGACAUGGUUGGGUAUAAGACAGGCCUGACAUGUACAUGGUUAAUCAAGGGCCCCAAGAAGACCAAAAUCCAAGUCUACGUAAAUAGCUUAGGACUCCCACCUAUUAAUCAAACCCACUGCUAUCAUUACCUAGAAAUAAGGGAUUAUCUCUCUGGAGCCCCAGGAAAACUAAUAUGUGGAAACUCAGGAGGUGCAACAUUCACCAAGCAAAACCUUGGUCCGACCAAUAUAAUGAUCGUCCGCUUUGAUAGCGAUCGAUACAAGACCAUCUCUCCCGGGAAUGGAUUUAUUUUGUCGGUGACUGCAACGCCAUCUGGAGCCAAUCGGUGCCUUCGGUUUGAUUAUGCUUUAGCGGAAAACAAUAAUGGAGGCAAUAAUGCGACCACAAUGACGGUCAGGAUAUCCAGUGAUUCAGGAACCUCGAAUCUUGUAUUUAAUACAACUACUGGUAACAACUGGACAAGUACUGAAAUUGACCUUCCUGCAGGCAAUAACAUGAAGAUCGAGUUUGAUGGGGUUUAUGGACAACAACACAUUGCUUUAGAUAACAUUAGCAUAACACCACUACUUUGCCAUAUCUGUACCGAUAAAAGUUGUCUGAAUGGAGUGUGUUUCCCAUUGUCGUCCUCGACAUACACGUGUGAUUGCGACGAGGGUUGGAGCGGGGACAGAUGUGAUAUAUAUACAUGUGCUAAUGUCAAGUGUAAUCAAGGCCGCUGUGAAGCUCUAUCCGAAACAGAAACACGGUGUGUCUGUGAUUAUGGCUGGCAUAGGCAAUUCUGUGAUAUAAAUCCAUGUGACUAUAUGCCCUGUAAAAACGGCGUGUGUGAAGUAAUGUCGAUAACAGAGGCCCGGUGUGUUUGCAACAGCAUACAUUGGAUUGGAAAGUAUUGCGAUAUACGGAUGUUUAAACCUCGAGUGUAGAGCCUGUAACAACCACGUCAAAACUAUGGAAACCAUGUUAACAUUAAAAUUAUAACAACGGUUAAGUUUACUAUCUAC